GGUGCAGGGGGGAAGGGGUGGUUAGAGGGGAGGGUCUUUCGGAGAGAAAAAUAUCAGGAAACUCGUAUAAUUCCAGGGAGGAGGCCAGUCGGGCAGGCAGUCCACAGGGUCUGAAGUCCGCGGGAAUUAUUCUCUUGGCUCUGGAUUAUGCAGCACCGCUAGCUCCGCUUCUCUGCUCCUCCGCCGUAUGUCUGUGUGUGUUUGUGUGUUGGGGAGAAUGUAGCAGCAACACCGGUAUCAUCCCCCUCGCUGACGUCCUCCAGUCUUACAUCGGCUUACAUGUCUGACUCGCUCCAGCGGACAGAGAUCGUGGAUUUUCCAAACAAUUAACCACCACUCGGGCCUUCUCUGUUUUCGCAUUCGCAGUGGAUUGUGAACUAUACAGGUUUCAAGUCUUCCUCGUCGUUUUUCACUUCAAACAUAAAAAAACCCACGAACAUAGCUGAUGGUUCAAGGGUGGAAGGUGUGGUCAGUUCCAGUGGUCCUCCUGCUGACACAAAUUCACGUCGUGGCUCCAGAGAACGGUAUAAACAAAGGGUCAUUUCACUGCUCGUCGACGCGGCGUCACGUGAGCAUCAAGGCAGAGAAGGGCGACUUCGGGUGGAUGACUUCUGAAGGCUAUCCGGACUCUUAUGGCGGCAACAACACCUUCACGGACGAGGGUGGCGGAGGAGAUGGUGGUGGGGGUGAUGGCAGCGUGUGGGGGGUGGUGUGAAAUGAGUAUCAAAGUUUGCUCCACCUGCAAAAUACGCUUGUCCUUCUUGGCACUCAGCUUUCCAGCAUGCAACAGCACGGCAACCGGAAUCCCCGACACAAAAGCCUCCAGUAGAAUUACGACAUCAUCAAGACAGAUAUGCAUUCCAGGGUGUGACCAUAUUCACCUGCACGAGGUGGACUACCCGUACGACCAGGCGUCUCACGCCAACUACUUCGGCGAUGGCGAGGGCCAGAUAUUCACGUCGAUCUCAUCGCACGUCAGAUUACGUCACUGCACUUCCGGUUCGCCUUUUGCGGACGGGAAACGCUUCAAUAUUGAGUUCCUCAGCUUAGACAAAAGUGAAAUUCGUCAAGGAAUGGUGGCUCAGGAAGGCAACAGCUUCGGAACCGUACAGACACCUAACUUCCCGCAAGGCUACGCUUUGAACGGCGAGACUUUCACUUACGUCAUACAAAACCUUGACCCGUACGGUCACGUGAGGUUCAUGGCCACCGACUGGGACAUCGCACCGGAAAGUGAGGUGAAGGUUUAUGACGGCUUCGGAGAAAAGGCGCCCUCCCUAGUUUUAGAAAGGUUCCGACGGCCCGUGUUUGUGUCGCAGUCCAACACGCUUGUGUUCGUCUUCAGCACGGGGUUCACCCUACGGGACUGCUGCUACCACACCGGAUUCAAGGCCUCGUACGAAUUUGUUUCAGAGCGCGCCUGGCCGCAAAGGCCGAUAACCGACUGCAGCGCCUUCUAUCCCAUGCGCGGAGGAGGCAUGAUCGACUUCACAGGGGCGACCACCUCGCCGAGCCUGUACGACUGCGUGUGGGUCAUCAAGCGACAGAGCAGCGACAACAGGGCCGACGGCGUGGUGUUGCGACUCACGGAGGUUCUGCUGGGUGAUGGCUGGUUACAGUUCGAGAAACAGAACUCUCUAGAAAUCUACGAUGGCACCACAUCAGAGGCACCGGUGAUGUAUCGUUACACCGCCAAGAACCUGACCCAUGCCCUGCCCUCCUACUUCGCCAGCAGCGGCCUCUACAUUCGCCUCAAGGGUGGCUUCUACAGCACCGACAAACUGUCCUUCAUAUUUACAGCCGUCAAAAAUGUAUCAUUAGAAGGUACAACAGCGUGCCCUGGCCUUUUCUACUACCCGUGUCGCAACCUGCUGUGCAUCGACCAAGACCUGAUGUGCGACGGCAUUGAUCACUGUGGCGAUGAGUCUGACGAGAGUCCCGCUCUGGACUGUUCCAUGUCAGCUCUGUGGCGGCUGAGUUUCAAGUGGAGCAUGCCAUAUGUUGAACCCACCACACUGAGAACAACGACAUGUGCGGGGUUUGUGUGUCGUGUUGACGGACGUUGCCUGGCAACCAUGAUGCGCUGUGACGGAGCAGGGGACUGUAUCGAUGGAGAAGAUGAGCAGGGGUGCACAACAACAGACGCGUUCUCCUCUGGCCGCCGGCUGUUGGCGAAUGCCUGGGCUGUUCUGUUCAUGAUAGCGAUAUCCACGUCACAUCCGGUGCUUGUGAGAUAGCAGCAGAUAAGCAUCCGCAUGCAACCUUCGCACAGUGACAGCAAUCUUCACCAAGUGAAGGACAUUAUUUGGUGUCGGCAUCAAAAGAGUUUGCAGUUUCCCUUCUGUCUUGUCUCUCGCUCUGUUGUUGCCUUGUCCACUCGGGAGGUCAAGCUGGAUCCUUAGAACGCUUGCUGAGGGUUAUCCUCAUUCUCAUACAUGCCCUCGUCACGUGUCUCAGAAAACUUGCCUUUUUUCAAGCUUGCGUUGAUGACGUGGGACAAAGCCUUAACAUAACCCGCUGGCACCACACUUACAAAGAAACACGCGUGCAAGCCAAGCUCACCACACAAACACACCUUGUGAAUGCCCUCUUUUUUUCUGUCUGUGGGUCAGUCGGCCAAAUAUCUGAUCUCUCUCCCUGGCUCACUCCAAUUAUGGCCUAUCUCCCUCUCCUUGUUUCUUUGCUGAGAGAGGGAGGGGGUGAGGAGUGUGUGUGUGUGUGAGCGCUUAUCUAUGUACUUUUCAUUCUUAUUGUGAUGUGUCUAACCUGUGCCCCUGGUGACCCACAAAAUUUGAAGUUGGAAGUAGCCGGUGCAGUGUGCGUCCACAACGUAACUAGAAACCAGAAAACUGUUAUGAUUGAACAGUGCCGUUUGGUACAUGAUGAACAGUGACGUCUGGCGAACAAUGGUGCAUAUUGCAGUGUAAAGAACGGUAUCUAGAGCAGAGUAACAGUGAUGUCCGGUGCAGUGAGCAGCGACCUCUAAUACCGAGUGAACUGACAUUUGGCACGGAGUGAGCAGAGACUUCUGAAAAACCAAUAGCUUCUAGUACAGACGAUGACAUCUUCAUAUUUGUUCACAAAAGUGCGUCACUUUCGACUGUCAGUGAGAACAACAGUUUCAUGUGAGAGGACAGUAAGGAUGUAGAGACUCAGAGCGUGUGUAAGCGCGCCCUUGCAUUAUUUUCUGUCUGUGUGUGCGUGCUGUUUUGUCUGCGUGUUUUUGUUUUUUGUUUUGUUGUUUUUGUUGUUGUUGUUGUUGUUUGUUGUUGUUUUUUGUAGUGGUACGGGCACGUAACGACAAGUGUCCACGCACAGUGAUAGGAUGAAUGCGUGACGUGUUUCUGAUCACCUGACUGUGCGCGUGCCUGCAGCGCCUAGAGAAAAACUGUAUACAUACUGUACAUUAUGUUUUGACAAAUCUAUCACCACCACUAAGUUAUUCGUUAUCGUCGUCAUGCCUUGCUACUGGCACGUGCAAUAUGCGGCCUUUCUCUGCUCAUCGCCCAAGUUUUCAUCGCUCUCCUCGUCAGCUCCAAGGUCCUAAAACUGUUUGUGAUCCACGAUUUGUACAUACGGUCAUGAAACAAAAUUGUCUUCAAACUGUUGAUAUAUUGUUAUGACAACCCUUUCUGUGUUGGUGUACAUAUAGAACAAAAGAUUUUUUUACAUACAUUGUGAGUUCGUCGUGCGAAUACUCCUUCUGCCUAAAUAUAUUUGAUAUUAUUUUAAUCAUAUUUCUUCCGUCUACGUGCAAUGCUAUGUUUUCCUGUGCUGAGUCCAAAAAGUUCUGAUUCUCGUGAAUUCAAGUGGUUUGUACACAGCGGUUUAUCAAAGCAAACAACUUAUAGACAGCGGUUAUUAUAGUUAAUUGUCUACACAAUCAAUUCGUAAAAGUAAACAUUUAACACAUUGUGGUUUGUUAAACUGUUUACACACCGUCGUUUACGAAAGUAACUGUUCUCUCUCUCUCUCUCACACACACACACGACAUACAUAUAUAUAUACUAUUCAUUCAAUUUGUGUAAGCAGCAAUUGCAUCAUGUUAAAACAUUUGAGCAGAGUUGUGUUUCUUGUGUGGCACUGUGUGUGAGUGACGUCAUUGAAGUACUCUCUGUGCAAAACGUUUCAACUUGUACUCUUGUCCGUCUUGUUUUCUGUGCGUUUGUGUCUAAAACUCGAUUGUUACCAUUUUUAUAUACCCUACAACUCUCACGCGCAAAUGAUUUGUGCAAUAAAAUAUCAUUUACAAUC